CCUCCACAGCUCCCUGUGAUGGGAGGAGCAUUUAUGGACUCUCCGAAUGAGGAAUUUGGAACAGAAUAUUCUUUAUUCAACUCAUCGGCCAACGUCCAUGCUGCCUCAUCUGCCCAGAUCCCUCCGGAAGAGCCAGCCAGGUCCUCCAAUGACGCUAUAUUGUUAUGGAUUGCCAUUAUUGCCACUAUUGGAAACAUUGUUGUGGUCGGGGUGGUCUACGCCUUUACUUUUUAA